UUCAACAGGACCUCAGAUCGGUCAAUACAGCAGUCGUAGUGGUCGUUAAGCACUCCGGAUCGACGUCUAUCCGACCCCUCAACUGGUAACAAAUCAUGCGAGAGCUUCCGUUGUUAAUCUUUGGGGGUUUGCUUUUCUUUUCCCUUUCGGUACACAGUUUUUCGUCUAUCAAUACUCUUGCUUCUCUGAGGAUAAUAGUCGAAUUUCCCCUGAAAAUUGAAGGCCCUAACCAGGGAACAAGCAACUCUAUUCGACCGUUAGCUUGCGGGGAAAACCAACCAAAGAGCCAACAUGGCGUCAUGGGGAGGGGCAGAAAAGUGACGGUAAGGAGACUAAGUGACGGUACGGGUGCGGAUUUAAUGGUUAGUUCCACUUUGCGUCUCCACCCCCGGUCAUCUGCGAGGGAUUUAAAUCUGGCAAGCGCGGUACGUUAUGAUUGGAGUGAGAGAGGCAAAAAAACAAAAAGGCAAAGGGAGGCAAAAAGCCCAGAUAGGCAAUACUCACAUUUGAGACCACUGAUCUUAUCCCGUACUACUAGUUUCAAAAGGCGUGAAGUGUGUCAAACGGUGGAGCUGAGGUGAUCUUGGACUCAAUGAGGUCCCCUGCCAAUUAAGUAUAAAUUUCCGUUUUG